UUUAAAUGCGUAAGUGAUAUCACUUUAAAAGGAAAAAAUAACACAUUCAAUUAAAAAAAUCUGCACUGCAUCACCAUGGACUUUGACAAACUUAUUAAAGAAAAAUGGACAAGUCUAACGCGAAAGGGUUACGCCAUGUUCGAAAACUGUAUGAUGCCGCAAAAGUAUGCAGAGUUGAAAAACGAAUUUGAUAAGUUAAAAGUUAAUGAAGAAGAUAUUUGGGUUUGCACUUUCCCUAAGUGUGGUACUACUUGGACUCAAGAAAUGGUGUGGUUAAUUGCCAACAACUUAGACUUUGAGACAGCCAAGAAAGUAAAUCUGGAUCAACGAUUCCCAUUUUUAGAGAUGUCUACGAUUGUCGAUUUUAGCGACGAGAAAUCAAACCUGCCGAAUUUCCAGGUACCAGAUUGUGUCGUAGAUUCUUUAGGUGUAAUAAAAAAUCUUAAGAGUCCUGCUUUUAUAAAAACCCAUUUGCCGAUACAGCUGUUUCCUCAGGAAAUACGGAAUGGCACAAAAAAGCCAAAAAUUAUUUAUGUAGCACGCGACCCUAGAGAUGUCUGUGUUUCUUUUUAUCAUCAUUCCACAAUAAUCGAUUAUUUUGAAAUCAAUUUUGAGGAAUACUGCGAGUUAUUUCUGGCAGGAAAAGUACUUUAUGGAUCGUUUUGGGAUCAUAUUUUACCCUUUUGGGAGAUGAGGCAUCAACCCAAUAUUUUAUUCAUAAAGUAUGAAGACAUGAAAAAAGAUCUGAAAAAAGUCAUUAAACAAGUGGCGGAGUUUCUCGGUCGUACUUUCAGUGAACAAGAUCUAGAACGGCUGGCGAAACAUUUGAGCUUCGAUUCGAUGAAAAAUAAUCCAGCAGUCAAUAAAGAAAUUCUCGUGGAACUUGUUAAAAAGUUCUAUGACAAAAAAAAUGAUGGCAGUUUUCUCAGAAAAGGUAUUGUUGGCGACCACAAAGCGGCGAUGUCUCCAGAAAUGCUUCGAAAAUUCGAUAAUUGGAUUAAGGAUAAUAUUCAAGGAACUGAUUAUGUAGUGUAAUGGAUAUGGAGAAUUUCGUUUAGAUCACCUUUCGGUGCCUAGUUUUGAGGAUAACAUAAAAAAAACUCACUUCUUAGAACUGUAGCGAAAAUAAUUAUUGCAUACAUGUUUUUCUUUACGUCAUGUCGUUACAAUAUACAACAUUUUUGCAUUUUGCUGGAAGCCUAAGAAAAACGAAAAAAAAACAUGUAUUUUUUAACAUUCUUUUUGUAAUUUUUAUUAAGUGCUUGUGUGUAAAUUUUGUCGUUAUCAA